AUUUGAAAACCCAUAUUUAUUUCACGCAAUUUGUGUCGGAAAGUUUACAUCUUGGCCAACUGGGUCGCUUCCAAUACCUUCAGAUUUUGGUAGGAUUUCGUGCUUUUGCAUAAUUCGUUGAGUUUCUGAAGCUAUGGAGGCUUAUAAGAGAUGGGUGAGGCAGAACAAAGAGUUUGUGCACUCCAUGGAGUCUUUGGCCAAUGGAUUGACAUGGCUUCUUCCUGAACGGUUUUCUGAAUCAGAGAUUGGACCAGAAGCAGUAACAACUAUUCUGGGAAUCAUCACAGCUCUCAAUGAACAUAUAAUUGAUACAGCUCCUAAGCAAAAUAUUACAGGCUCUGUCGAGCCUUAUUCAUUUCCUUAUCCAUUAUGCUUAUCUGCAUUAAAGGAUUUGGAAACAUUAGUUGAAGUUGUGGCACAACAAUACUAUGGUGAUGAUAAGAAAUGGAAUUUCCUUGCCAUUACUGAAGCAACCAAGGUACUGGUUCGGUUAUCUUUGUUUCGGAAGAGUGGAUAUAAGAUGCUGCUACAAGGAGGGGAAACACCUAAUGAUGAGGAGUAUUCAGAUAGUUUUACUUCACAACAUCAUAUGGGCUUAAAGCCCGAUGUGCAUCAUAGGCCUGGUUAUAUGAAAAACAAUCUUGGUGCAAAACCAAUGAAUCAGGAAGGAAGAGCAUUAUCUGCUUUGGUUAGAUUUGGAGAAAAAGCAAAGGGGUCAGAUCCAGUGUGGUUACGCAGGGUUGAACACCAACAAGCAACUAUGGAGCCUACAACUUCAAGGGUGGAUAGACCAACACUUCUCACCAUAUUGUCUGAAAGGGGUCUUUGUGGGGCUCUGUUUUUUAUUGGAGAAGUUCUACUUAUUAGUAGACCACUUAUUUAUGUUUUAUUUAUUCGAAAAUAUGGUAUUCGGUCAUGGACCCCUUGGUUCCUUUCGCUGGCUAUUGAUUGCAUAGGAAACAGUAUUCUUUCACUCAUUACAUCGUCAGUGGCUGGUGGGAAGGACCGAAUGUUUCAUCUGUCUGCCCUAGAAAAGGAUGAGGUUAAACGGCGAAAGCUGCUAUUUGUUCUUUACCUAAUGAGAGAUCCAUUUUUCAGCAAGUAUACUAGGCAAAGACUUGAAAGCACGGAGAAAGUUUUGGAGCCUAUUCCUGUCAUAGGAUUUCUCACAGCAAAACUUGUUGAACUUAUAAUUGGAGCUCAAACACGAUACACUUACAUGUCAGGAUCGUGAAUAAAAUCCAGAACAAAUGCCUAAUUGCCCUCCAAGAUUUUGGAAAGAUAGAUAUUCUUACUCUUCUUCCACACUACCUGCUGUUCCAAACUUUUCAAAUGAUGAAGAGGUAUCAAACCUGCUACUAUUAUGAUUUAAAAAUAACAAACCAUUGCAAGCUUGAACUUUUCUUUUGCUUGACAAUUCCAAACAUAGAAGAUGUUAAGCUGCAACCCAUGUGUGAGACAAAUUGUUUGCAAGGAUAGCUACACUAUCAACAACUCAGUAUAAAUUGGAAUAUUUAUUUGGGAGAUUUUGUUCUACUCCUAUUCACAAAAUAGAGGUGGGUGAGAAUUACACUUGUAGUUCUGAGCAUCCAUUGGCAGGUUAGAAUGUGAUUCUUGAACUCAGAAAAUUAUAUUUUGUUCAAACUUAUUAAGUAUUAAGCUUAGUUUCCAUCAGCAUCCAUAUGUGGACAAAUGUAUAUUGAAUUAUGCUUCUUUUUUUUUUAUCACCAAAGAAGGUAUAUGAAGAACCAUCUGAAGCAUUAAUGCUGCCAAAGUUGCGUAUUUUUCUUUACCAGAACCAGAACUUGUAGUAUUUCUUUUAUUUUUUUGGUUGUGUCCAUCAAUACCUGUACACCAAAAUUACGUAUCUUAUAGUUCAAUGAUACUGUAAACUACUCAAUGUCUUUGUAAUAGUCUAGUUUGGUACGAAAAUUAUAUAUAAUACUUUCGUAUUGGAA